AUGUAAAAUAGUCUGGAUCUAGCAUAUUCCAUUUUAAAAUAGAAUAUCAAGUUAAAUCACUAAAAUAGCUAUUGUUUUCUUAAAGCAUCAAGACAAGUAAAUAGCAAAACAUUUUCAAGAAUUAAUUUAUAAUUCUCCAUUAAUUAAUAAUAACCAUUUAAAGAAGAUAAUGGUAAUAAAUUAAUUAUUCAAAAAAAUAAGGAUAUCAUUGAUAAAUUAUCCUAACCAAAAUUAAAUAAGUUAAAAAACGCUCUUUUAAUUGGAUAAAAAGCAAGAAUUAUAAAAAUUUUGUAAAAAGAAAAUGCAAUAUCUAACUAAAAGAAAUCUUAAUUGUUUGGAGGUAGUAAAAAUCUAAAUGAGGUAAAUUAUAAAGAAUAAUAAGAUUAUCUUGAAUAGGGUAUUUUUGAUAGCUAUUAAAACACAAUCUGUAAGAAAAAGCAAAAUAAAAAAAAAAUUAUCUAAUUGAUAAAUACAAAUUUAAUGGAGAACAAAAUUUAAGUUGGCUUUAAUGAAGCUUAAUAUGAACAAAAUCAUUCUUAUAAUCAAGAUGGAGAAUAUGAUAAAUUAAAUAAUGAACUAAAUUAAAUUGUGUAAAUUUUGUGUGACAAGUAUUAAGAAAUCCAAAAAUACAAUUAAAGUUUGAAAAUGGAAAAACAAAAAAUUUAAGUUGAAUAAAAGGGAGAAUAACAUUAAAGCACUACAAUUAUCUCAUAAUUAUCAUAAAAAACUUCUCAGUAAUAAGAUUUCUAAGGUAUUUGCCUUUCUAAUUAAUAUUCAUUUUCUUAAUUUGGAUAACAAGGUGUUAAGAGAUUUGAAUCCAUCAAAGAAAUUCUAAGUAGCUAAAAGCAAAAAAUUAAAAAGAACUACUCAAAAAAACAUUAAAAAAAUGUUGAUUUUUACUCUGAGCAACUUUUAAGAUAAAUAUUUUAAUUAGGAGAUCAUAUAAACAGCGGAGGGGAGGCAGAUAUAUUUACACAUUAAUAUGAUGAAAGUAUAGCAUAUAGAGUAAUUAAAUUAGAUGGAGAUGAAGAUUUAAAUGAAUAACUAAAAGAAUUAUAUAGUGUUAAGGAAUUAUAAGAAUAAAAUAUUUUAAAUUUAAAUAAUUCUCAUCUAGUGGAAUAUAAAGUUGAAGAUACUAAGUAUAUCAUUCACGUUAUGUAAAAAUGUUAAAUGAGUCUUUAAGAUGAAAUAUCAUCAAAAAAAGUUUUUAGUCUUAGAGAAACUUUAAGAUUUAUUUCUACUGCUUUUCAUGUAUUGAUUGUACUUAGAUAAAAGUAUAUCUAUCAUUCUGAUAUUAAACCAGGAAAUAUCUUAAAAAUUGAUGAUAAUAAUUACAAAUUAUCUGAUUUUGGUGCUUCUUAGUAAGUUAAUUUUAUUGAUCCUUAUUGUGAUUAUGAAAUGCAUACACCUGGUUAUAUACCAUAAAACUAAACUAAAAGUUUACCUUUUUAUCAUGACAUCUAUUCUUUUGGUAAAACUAUAUAAAAGUUAUUAAUGUAAUUAGAAAAUCACUCAGAAAUUUCUGAUUGUUUAAAUCAAUUUAUAAAAGAAGAAAUUUGUAAAGAUGAUAAAAAUUCUAUUAAUGUAGAUUGCUUAGAGUAGCCUAGAAAAUUUAUAAAUAUCUUAAUGAAUUUUGUUAAUUAUGAAGUAAUUGAGGUAUUCUUAGAGGAAUAUUUAAAAUAAAUAGAGCAAUACUUAGUUAUCAAGAAAGAAAAUAAAGUAUUUUAGUAUGAAUCAUAAUAUUAAUAUGCUGAAAUAGCUCUUUUGAUUAUUUCAUAAAAAAAUCAAGGUAGCAAUUAGCAGAGUCAGUUAACUUCAAUUAAAAUUAAGGCGUUGAUAACUAAAAGUUAUAUUUUAUGUAAAAGAAAACAAUAUAAAGAAUCUCUCGAAUAUAUAAAUGAAAUUUUUAGAUUAGAUUUUAAAGAUAAUAAUUAGUCAGAAAUCCUAAUAAAAUCAAUUAGAAUUGUAACUAAGAUAUUAAUAAAGCUAAAUAAUUAGACAAAUUUAUCUAAAGAAAAUUAAAUUAAACUGAUUGAUUUAAUUAAAUUAGUCAAUAUAGGUGAAGAAUAAGAUAAAUUAAAAAUAAAAAUAAUAGAGCUUCUAUUACUAAAAUCAAAUGAUAUAUAAUCAAUCCUAAGAGAUUUUUAUGAUUCUCUAAAAAAAUAAGAUGAAAACUAAGAGCUUCAAAUGGUUUACAGAAUAAUCAUCAAAUUGAUUAGGUAUUUAAGAAAGUAAAAUUGCUAUGAAUAAUCUCUUUACGAUUUAAUUUAAUUUAUUCAAUAUGAUAUAACAAAUCAUGAUUCUUAUUACAAAUAAAAACUACUUAAAGAAUUGGGAUUAUAUCUUUACAAAUUUCUUUUUUAAUAAAAUCAAUAGCUAGACAUUAAAUUUUUUGUUAAACAUGAAAAGGAAAUUUUACUGUUGCCAUAAAUUAUUUUCAAAUGUUUAAAUGAAAUUAAACUAAAAUCAAAUUUAUAAAUUUAAUUUGACAAAAGUAUAUGGUAAUAAUAUUCAAUAUUUAUUAAGAUAAAACAAUUAAAUAUUUAUAAAUUUCAUGGAUGCAAGAAAAUAUUAGAUAAUUUAAAACAAAAAUAUUAAAAUAUAAUGAUUAAAAUAGAAGAAGAAAAAUAAUUGCCAUUUAAAGAAUAUGUUUUAUACAAUAAACUUGAUUACUAUCAAAAGUAUCUUAUAAGAAACGAUAUAAAAAAUUAUUAGUUUUUUAAUGAAGAAGAAGAAAAUAGAUACAAUGAAAAACAAAUAAUUUAAUCAAUAAGUCUUAUUUAAUAAACAAUUUUUAAGCAUAAAAUAAAAAAUGAAAAUCAAACAAGUAACGAGAUAUCUUAAAAUCAAAUAGAAACAAUCAGCUUGCUUAAUUUCUUAACAUACUUUGAUUGCGAAAAAAUAAGUCUAAAUUAUAUAGGUUCUUUGGAAAAAUUCAAUGAAGAAUUUGAAUCAUUUAAUUCUUAGCUCCGUGUUGACGAUAUAAUACAUUACAAUCUAAAAAAGUAGUUAUUUAAAUUAAAAUCGUGUAGCUUAUAAAGAAAUUUAUAUCUAUUUUACUUUAUUAAUUUUCUUUUUUUGUCAAUAUUUAAUUUUAUUUGUUAUUAAACUUUAAUAAAGCUUGCAUGA